CCUGCCCUCAACCAAGAGCAGCCAGCCUGGUUUUCACUAUCCUCGUCGCAGAUCAACCAUGGUAAUAUAAUUCUGUGUCUUUGAAACUGCCCUCUCUCUUGUCUCGCUCUUUCCACGUCUCGAAUAUAGAUAUAUAUUAGCCGUGGUUUCAUCUAAGACGAAAAUUAACAUCUACCCCCCUUCCCUCUGGCCCCCAAACCCCCUAAGCACCAAAGACAAAACAAGCACUGGCCAGAGAGAUGAGACCAUUGAAGAAGAAGGGAAAGGGAGAGCCACCAGCCGUCGGGUUUCGGAAUAUCAAGACAAGAGAAGAAGAGGAACAGAAUGGGGAGUUGUUUACGGCGGAUGGAGACUCUCGGGCAACGCGGUCCAACGGCAACAACUUCAACCCUCAGGACGUACCAGGCUGCCUCAAGACAUGUAGAAAAUUCUUCUUCGAGGAUUUUGUCGCCGUCGACAACCCAGAGAAAGGCGCGGCUUCGAAGGAAAACUGCGAGGUCCUGAGGGAUGGGUACGAGAGUACAACUCUGUGGGCUCUGUACGCGUGCGAUGCCUUCCAAUGUGGGGUCUAUAUUGAUUUGGAGGGGCCUUUGGGACAGAGUCGUGAGUAUGACCACUUGGCGGGAAGACGAGGAAGAAGAUGAUGGUGAUGAUGAUGAAAGGAGUCUAAACGUUUGUGUCGUGCAGCGAGCGUCGAUCUAAUAAUUAAUGAAUGCCAGAAUGCCGGUGUAUACGGCGUC